GCGGUGCCUACAUUAACGCGUGUGACAAUUUAGUCGCAUCGCCUAAGAAUAAUAAAAAUAAUAAAAACUUUCUAUAUUCUAUUCCCAUCCCUCGCCUCACGGAGGUGACGGAAUUAAUCAUUAAGAUCUUUUGAAGCAAGAGGAAACGCGAGUGCGCGCGAUCUCGUCCAUCAAACAUCUCAGUAGCUUGGAGUGAUUGGGAGAACACUCCCAGACCUUCCGCUGAGCGACUGUGCGGUUCUCUCCAAACACUGCCCAUCCGAGCGACGCAAUAAAGGGCUGCCCAUCUGCAACACGGUCGCUCUUUUUCCGUAUACAUCAAAAUGAAUAAGCUCUACAUCGGGAACGUGAGCGAGCAAGCGAGCGCGCUGGACUUGGAAAGUAUCUUUGAGCAGUGGAAGAUACCUUUCAGUGCACCCUUUCUCGUUAAAAGUGGCUACGCGUUUGUGGAUUGCCCCGACGAAAAGGUAGCGAUGAGGGCCAUUGACACUCUUUCAGGGAAAGUGGAACUCCACGGAAAAGUCUUGGAAGUGGAGCACUCUGUCCCUAAAAGACAAAGGAGCUGCAAGAUGCAGAUUAGGAAUAUCCCACCUCACAUGCAGUGGGAAGUUCUUGAUGGGUUGUUAGCACAGUACGGCACAGUGGAGAGCUGUGAACAAGUCAACACGGACACAGAGACUGCUGUUGUCAAUGUGCGAUAUGCCACCAAAGACCAAGCCAGAGAAGCAUUGGAAAAAUUAAAUGGCUUCCUAAUGGAGAACUACGCACUAAAGGUUUCCUAUAUCCCUGAUGAGACUGCAGCAGCCGACCCCACUCCGAUGGGCGGCAGAAGAGGUUUCAACUCACGCGGACCACCCCGCCAAGGCUCUCCCAAUAUGGGUGCUAGACCUAAACUACAGUCAGAUGUGCCCCUGCGCAUACUGGUGCCCACACAGUUUGUGGGAGCUAUCAUCGGCAAGGAGGGCGCAACCAUACGCAAUAUAACCAAGCAAACGCACUCAAAGAUUGAUAUCCACCGUAAAGAGAAUGCAGGAGCAGCAGAAAAGCCCAUCACUGUUCACUCCACACCAGAGGGCUGCAGUUCUGCCUGUCGAAACAUCAUGGAGAUCAUGCAGAAAGAGGCAAUCGACACUAAGAUCACUGAAGAAAUUCCUCUGAAGAUCUUGUCUCAUAAUAAUUUUGUGGGCCGCCUGAUUGGAAAAGAGGGACGCAACUUAAAGAAGAUCGAGCAAGAUACUGACACAAAGAUCACAAUCUCACCUCUGCAGGAUCUGACCCUGUAUAACCCAGAGCGUACCAUUACUGUUAAGGGUUCAUUAGAGGCUUGUGCAAAAGCAGAAGAAGAAAUCAUGAAGAAAAUCCGCGAGUCCUACGAAAAUGACGUUGCUGCCAUGCAUUUACAAUCGAACCUGAUUCCUGGGCUCAGUCUGAAUGCUUUGGGUAUUUUCCCUGGUGCUGGAAGUGGAGGGAUGUCGCCCUCUGUGGUUUCAGGACCUCCAGCUGGGGCUCAAUCUGCUUAUCAAUCAUUUGGGUGCAGCGUGUUUGGGGGUGAGGUGCCGUUAUGGGCCUCUGCACUCUCCUCCAGCAGCAGCAGCCCAGUCUUGUCUCCACAGAUGGAAUCAGAGACUGUGCAUCUCUUCAUUCCUGCUCUGGCAGUUGGUGCUAUUAUCGGCAAGCAGGGCCAGCACAUCAAACAGCUCAGUCGCUUUGCUGGUGCGUCAAUCAAAAUUGCCCCCGCUGAUGGAAUUGAUGCAAAGCAAAGAAUGGUUAUUAUUUCUGGACCACCAGAGGCACAGUUCAAGGCUCAGGGACGUAUCUUUGGGAAGUUAAAAGAAGAUAACUUUUUUGGACCAAAGGAGGAGGUUAAAUUAGAUGCUCACAUAAAAGUGCCAUCAUUCGCUGCCGGCAGAGUCAUUGGCAAGGGAGGCAAAACGGUGAAUGAACUUCAGAACUUGACCAGUGCUGAGGUGGUUGUCCCACGGGACCAGUCGCCUGAUGAAAAUGACGAAGUUGUAGUAAAAAUCACAGGCCACUUCUAUGCAAGCCAGCUGGCCCAGCGAAAGAUCCAGGAGAUUAUUUCUCAGGUGAGGCGGCAACAGCAGCCCAAACCCUCGACCACAGGUCCACCAGGCGCCCGGCGGAAAUAGGGCCACAAUGACUUCUCAGGAGACUAACAGGACACUGGACACGGACAUCUCAGGAGUCAGGGAAUGUCCUUACAACCCCGCCCACAUUUGCACCCAUUUCUCUUGAAUGUUCAAUUUGGGCACAUUUUAUUUUUUCCCCCAUCAAACAAAAUAUGUGAGUAAACAAAGUUAGGAAAACUAGCCGCUAAGUCCAAUGCCUUAUGGUAACUGCACAGGCCUAAGUUGAAAGAUGUUAACUUUUCGUUAUUUGAGUUCAUUGAGAAAUGCAGCAUUGAUUUUUUGGUGUAAAAGGCAUUUCAAGCCUGUUCUUAUGGACAAGGAAUGGGUGAUAUGGGGGUGGGGUUUAAGAGUAGAGGUUGGGGACGAUUAUUGUUGGAAGUAUGGUGUCCUGGUAUCCAUAAUGGCAUUUUAUAAAUUCUGAUGCAUUUUAUAGAUGAAUAUAUAUAAAUAUAUAUGUAUGAAAUUAUGAAAGAAGGUGGAGCAACACUGCCACUUGUGACUGAGGGAAGUGUUGAUUGGUGUUGGUCAGGAAACCAAGUUAAUAUGCAUUUUUACCGAUCUACCUCAGGCUAGAGUACCUCAGAAAAAAGAAAGAAAAUGAUAUAUGAAAAAAUUUUCUGUUCUUUUUUAUUAUUUUGCUUUGUGGUAUUUUGUAUACAUUAUAAAGCUUAUAGUUCUUGAACAUUUUUAUUUUUUUAAGAAAAUGUAAAAUGUAUUGUGUAGUCAACAAACGAAGCCUGAGCUCCGCCUACCGUUUGCCGCGCAUACAAUGAAUAACUGUAUGUGUAUGCGCCUUCGAGAAGAGCGGAGUUUGGCUCUCUACGUCAGCUACAGAUAGCAGAAAGAAAAGAAAAGGGCCUCAGUGUCGCUGAGGAGCCACCACCCUUUGAAACACCGUCAAAGUAAUGAAAACUACAAUGCCAACCGUACAUAUUGCAGCAAUGCCGCUUAUAGACAAGCUAAUAUAAUAUUUAAUAACUGUUUUGGCGGUAGCAAAAAUUCCACAAGCAUUUCAUUACACUUCAGCUAGGGUUGGAUGCAAGCAAUAGAGGUCAGGGAUGAUCAUAAUCCUGCUGUAAACCUCUUUGACACCCCCCUCAUCCUCCGCGGGACUUGUUAUUUAUCAUAGUAAAAAUAACGGUGAGCCUGGUUGAGGUUGUUUUCUUUUCAUUUAUAUUUUUUCUUUUUCAAAUAAUGCGCUCUAUUACGUUUUGGAACGGGCUUUUUACGUUCCAAGGAGGAGUUGCAUCAAACCGGGCCUCAUACAGAUAUUCAGUGUUUAGCGUCAGUCAAUGCAUGUCAGGGGUCGUGGAGUUGCAAUGUUUUGAUGCUUUCGCGUAGAUCACAAUAGUCAAAGGUGCGUCUCUAGGCUAACAAGCAGUAACCGAUGCACGCGCAUACGGUUUCAUUUAAACUUUUUUGUUUAUCAUUCAAAGAAAUAAAAAAGCUAAAAAAAAAUAUCUAUAUAUAUAUAUAUUAUGAACAUUAGUCAGAAAAAUUUAGUAUACAGAAACGGAAAAAAAUACAAUAUUCCUUUGUUUUCAUGCAGAAUGUAAAUACGAUUUGAUUGUGGUAAAAGAGUACAUCCAUGCUUCCACACUAGUAAGAACAUUGUCUACCUCAGCUGAGGAAAGGGUGGAUGGGAGGAAUUCCUUCCGUCUGACCUUACGCCUCCAGCGCGCGCAGCGAUACCUCAAGUCCCUCGCGAACACUUCCACACUGGGUAUGCGCGUCGCGCCUAGCGCUGACCGGAGGGGGCAUAAGUGAUCGGUUUUUUUUUUUUUUUUUCUUCACACUUCUCUUACACCGUUUUUGAUCUACCUCUUAUUAGAAAAGUAUUUAAAUGAAAUGCAUUUUGCUAUGUGUUAUCUAUAUGGUCAUGGCCCACCUGCCCCUUUCCUCACAGAAAAAAAAUAUCAUUUAAAAAAAAAAAAAAAAUCAUGUAUGGCUACACUUUAAAGAAGAUUGAGAAAUUGUUUUAUUUUGCCUGCAAUGUAUUUAUCUGCUAACUGAUUUGAAACCUCACCUUAUUGCUAUUUUCGUUUCUGCUUCUUGGUUUGGUGUGGCUUCCUUGGGCUUUAUUUCUUGUGUAGGUAUUGUAUCAAAGGUCAAAAUGUUUAUUUUGGGAUCUGAUUAUUGAUGGCUAGAAAAAGUUGUUUUCAAUGGCCUGCUUCUUUCUUGCUUAUAAAAUAUGAACAAUUAAGUCUUUGUUUUUACCCUUUUCAUGUCUUAUGGAUGCUACAGUUUUUCUGAUUUUUGACUGGGAUCUGAUCCAAUUUCUUUUCAUGGCUGUGUUGUGUGGUGAGUCAUGUUUCAGUGGGAAUGUGAUGUGGAAUUCCAGGAUUCUGAAUAGUUCCAGAAAAGUGGUCCGAUUUUAGCAUGAGCAACAUCCCCUCCAACCAUGCUUGUACGCCCUCACACACCUCCACUUGUCAAAUGCCUCUGAUGCAAACAAAACAAUUAAAAGUCAAGUUGGCUCCU